CCUCUUCUCUGCGGCCCCGGCCGCCGUCGCUCGGCAACGCGGCCUCUCUAUGAUCCCGCGGGCGGCAUGUGGCGGCAGCUGCUGGGCCGCGGGCUGGGCCGCUGCUGGGCGCCCCCCGCCCGGCCCGCCUGCGCCGCCGACCGCCCCGACGGGCCCGGCCCCGAGCGAGCGGCCGGUUGCCAGGAUGGGCGGCCUGGGGAUGGCCGGGAGCCAGGAGGAAAGCAGCGGCCCCUGCCCGGCCUGGUGCCCCGCUACUGCGUCCUGGAGGCCGUCACCUGGGGAGCACUCGGUGCGCUGCUUCUGCAGCUGGUCAGACAGAUCUCGUGGCUGAGAUCGUUGCCGGACACCAGGAGGGAGCGCAGGUCACUCUGGCUCUCAUCGCUGCCCUCACAGCAGCCAGUGGGGACUGAAGCCUCAACCAGCUGUCCCCGUGCGCAGCCGGGGUCCUGCUUCCUGCAGAAUGGAAGUAUAGAGGUUGUACCAGAGAUUUCAUCCUCAGGGCAAGGAGAGGGCCAGCCCUGGGCAGAACCAGGGGAGUUCCAAAUCCCUGAGAGCUCCAGCCCGGGGCCGGUUCUCCGCAGCGCAAAGGGUGACCCAGCUCAGCGAGGGCAUUUAGAGGAAGCUGCUUUCCAGUUGCAGCAGAUUUUCCGGAUCGACAUUUCCAUUGCGUUGAAUAUCCUUGGGAUUGAAAGCAUGAGAGCGGGCCAUUACAGGAUAGGCUAUACGUGCUUCAAACUGGCAGCAGAUCGAGGCUACAGCAAAGCCCAGUUCAACGUGGGUCUGUGUUACGAGCAUGGCAGAGGCACAGAAAAAGACCUGGAGAAGGCAGCUUUUUACUACUUGUGUGCGGCCGGCAGCUGUCACCCCAUGGCGCAGUACCGCUACGCCAGGUGCCUCUUGUGCCACAGACCUGAAAACGAAUGGGACAGGCAUGAGAAGGCAGUGACUUUCCUGGAGCGAGCAGCAAUGGCCGGGGUGACGCAGGCACAGGCUUAUCUUGGAGUGUUCUACAUGAGGGGGCUGCAACCUAAGGAAAAGAAAGGUCUGAAGUACCUGCUGCUGGCAGCGAAGAACGGCGAUGCCCAAAGCAGGUACCACGUGGGCGUUUGCUAUGAGAAAGGCCUUGGAGUGCAGCAGAACCUGGCAGAAGCGAUGAAGCACUACCGGCAGUCAGCUGCCGCGGGGAACAGGGACGCCCAGGAGAGGCUGCGGGUGUUGGAAGAGGAGGUGGAAGAUGCACAAACAAAGCAUCGAUUCCCUCCUGGAAUAAGAGCGUCUUCUUCCAGCCCCUGUUUCUGGGGUGUUGAGGCUGCAGACCUCCCCAGCAGGCAGCCCGGACAGCCUGCCCUCGCCCUGCCGCACUCCUGGAGCGCAGACGGGCUGCACAUGCUGCGGCUCAGCGGCGCGGGAUGGAGCGGUGCCCUGCGACACAGGGCGGUGACACUGGAGCUGCAGCACUCGGAGCUGCACCGCUGCUGCUCUUAGAGCAGUGGCCGCCAAGCUGCCUACAGAACAGGAGCGCUGUCGUCCAGCCCGAGGCUCUUCCCACGUGCCGACAGCUGCCGCAGGAGCCCCGAGCUCGUUUCGUUGUGGACUUGGACCUUCUGGGACAAAAUCAUUUCAAAGAGGGUGCUCAUUUCUGAAAGGAAGGUGCUGGCCAACCUCGUCCCGGCGGCGUUCGAGUCAGCCCCGGCGCCUUUGCCGAAGGUCUCGAAGGUGCGCGGUUUCUCCUCCCUUGUGGCGUCCUCGUCCUGCGGCGAGUGUGGCGAGUCGGGGCAGAAGACGUUGUCCUUGUAGCUGCCAGCGAGCGGCAGGGAGAGCCGAGCCACCCAGGCCGGGUCCGCGGCCGUCAGCCUCUUGAGGGCCAGCUCUGGAGGAGGGAAACAACAGCUGGUGAGACACGGAGCAGAGGAGAGCACGGGAAAGAAGGGAAAAACAAAUGUUAAAGGGGGAAAAAACACGAGGAGACUUCCUGAAAUCAGCCGUGAGAGGGCUAAUUGUUAGCAGGUCUAGGGAUAAGCCACCAGCAGCUUAAAAACCAAAGUAGAACUGGUUCAAAACCCCUGUGUUUUUUGUUUUAUUUUGGAGUUUCUUUGUUGCUUUGUUUUGUUUUGUUUUUAAUAUAAUAACCAUUAGGAUCACUUUGCUGUUUCAUUUCUCGCAGCCUCAAGUGGCACUUCACUAAAGUGUUAGCAGAGCCAGAGAAAGCGAGGGUUUGGGGCUGGCCGAAGGGGGGAGGACAAUGGAAAGCUUUCGGGGGGAAGUAUCAGAGGGAAAAAAGGUCACUAGUGAACUUCCCUUCAGGGUCACUCUGGGGUGGGAAUUUGCUGCUAAGCAGGAAUAUUGAGACCAAAAAAUAAUGGGUUAUUGUGAAAACAAUAAUAACAGCAGUAGAAUGAAAUUCUGCAUUAUAAAAUGCACAGCUGGAUGGUUGAAGUCUAGUAACGAAAAAUUGAGCUAUAAAGUAGUUGUUCGUCAAUUGGGAGCAGCUGAGGAGCAGCGGGAGCCUGGUGUGGGUGUUGGCUGCCGGCUCGUUAAUGUACCAAUAAUGUGAUUCUGCCCCAAAAUGAGCAAAUGAAAUCACACAAUGUGUUGGUCAAGGUAUUCCCUGGUGGCGUGAAGACAUAUCCGUGGUAUUGUUACUAGGUCUGGUGAGACCUGAUUAGGAGUAUUACAUCCAAAUCUGAUUAUCCACCCGUAGGAAAGAGGAUCUGUAAUGACAGAAUUGCAGAGAAACAUGUUGAGAUGAAAACAGGGGUGAGUCCAGGCUUAUGUGCUGGAGACCCCAAGAGACAAGGCUUGCUUAGCCUAAGGAAGCCAGUCCUAACUGGGGAUCUGACUGCAACCUGUCGUUAUUUUGAUGAGAUAAGCACCGACAAAGGAAAUAUUCAUGCUUAAAAUAGUGCUGGCAAAAGAAGAAGUGAUUAAAACUGUGAAUAAACACGCUGGAAAUGAAAGGAAGGACCCCAUAGCAGGGUGAGCCUGGAAUAGCGGCAGGGAAGGAAACGGGGGUGCUUGUUGUUAAAGUAGAGCUCUGCCGUUGGUAAACAAGCCUCCGUGAUGAGUCGCACGGGUGCUGCUGUGUCAUUGUCACAGCGGAACCAAGACCCGCGGGAAGGCUGGAGGCCACCACUGGCUUUGGGAAACACCUUGAGCCAGAGAGCGACAAACAAAUAACUGGGGUCUGGACGUGAAACACCAAAUAUCGCAGCAGUCCCAAGCAGACGGCAAGAGCUGCGGUCAUUAUUAUGUGGCUCUUACUUAUAAAGUGACCUCCGAAAGGAGGGUCCCCACACUUGUGCUGCAUCCAGAGGAUGAUCAUAGAAUCCUUUUGGUUGGAAAAGAUCCUUAAGAUCGAGUCCAACCAUAACCUAAAUCUAGCGCUAACCCAUGUCCCUAAGAACCUUGUCUAAAUGCCUUUUAAACCCCUCCAGGGAUGGGAUAGUCAGUGCCCUGCCACAGCCUGGGACACGGGCUCCUCGGUCAGUGCCUGGUCAAUCACCAAGACAGGUCUCCUUCCUCAGCCAACUAAGAAUUUAGUCCUUUUUCUCUGAAAACCAACCCUGCCCUGGAGUGGGUAUGGUGGGGGUGAGGGCUGGGAUUCAAAACCUGGUCAGGAGAGAAAGGCAGAUCAAGCAGUUUGAUUUCGUUUUGGCUGAAGACCCAAAGUUGCUUGUGUUGCUUGACUUUCAGAAUUUCUUUCCGCAAUCUCAGUAUUUUCUUUCAGUCACAGUGACUGUUCCUUACGAGGUCUCCCAAGCCUGCCGAAAUCCCACAUUUCUGCCCUAAAACAUCCACAGUUCUCUCUUCCUCAGUCUGCAAGAAGCUGCUGCCCCGCUGCCUUCCCCGAGCAUCUGAUACUGCAGCUCUGGAGCAGCGCACAACAGUCUAAGCCGAGACUGUAGGCUGCUGGUCCUUUGACCAUCAAACCUUGUAAUUAGCUAUGUUUAAUUUGACCAAUAACUCUUUACUGCCUUACUUUAAUGGCAUUUGGGGCCUUUUUUGUUUUUAUAAUGAAUAAAGUUCUAUCUCUCCA